AUUGUACCUGAAACACAUGAAAAAAAAAGCUCUAAAAAUAAACAAUGAACACGUUUCCUCCUGGUCACAUGAUCGUGUUUUUUCUGCCAACAUGGCUACCGAGGACCUGCCGUCUGAUUUUGACAUCGUCAUUUUGGGCACAGGUUUGGCUGAGUCAGUGGUGGCAGCUGCCUGUUCGAGGGUCGGACAGCGAGUUCUCCACCUGGACAGGAGGAGCUACUAUGCCGCCAACUGGGCUAGCUUCACCUUCAAUGGCCUGCUCACCUGGAUCCAGGAGCAGAAUGAGGAGCCAAAGCCAGAGGAGGUCAGGGAUUGGUCAGGUCUAAUAGAGGAAGGGGAGGAGCUAAUUCACCUGACACAGGCAGACUCAGCCUCCAUCACCAACCUGCAGGUGUUCAGCUACGCCAGUGAGGAAGAGGAGGAGGAAGCUGCAAACACCACAGAAGAAGAGAAAGCAGCUGAUGAAGGAGCGGUUAAAGAGUCGUCAGAGACAGAAUCUGCAGGCUCAAAGGAGGAAGAGGAGGAAGAGGAGGGAGCUGGGGAGGAAGAGGUGCAGCCCAUUCAGGCAGAAGGGGAGGAGCCAGAGGCUGACCAGCCCCGUCCCUCUUCUCCUGGCCAAUCAGAGCCGAGCAGGAAGAAGAUCAGUUACGCCCAGCUGGUGAAGGAAGGCCGGAGGUUCAACAUCGACCUGGUCUCCAAGCUCUUGUUUUCUCGUGGCUCAUUGGUCGAUCUGCUCAUCAAGUCCAACGUCAGCCGCUACGCCGAGUUCAAGAACGUCACCAGGAUCCUCACCUAUCGUCACGGCAACAUAGAGCAGGUGCCAUGCAGCAGAGCAGAUGUGUUUGCGAGUCGCCAGCUGUCAGUAGUGGAAAAGAGGAAGUUGAUGCGCUUCUUGACUUCCUGUGUGGAUGAGACGGAGGAGCAGACAGCAUACCACGGUCGGCCAUAUUUGGAGUUUCUGCAGGACCAGCAGCUGGGGGACAAUCUGCAGCACUUCCUGCUUCACUCCAUCGCCAUGGUAGCCGACGACACACCCACAGAGGAAGGUCUUGGCUCAACACGCCACUUUUUGCGUAGCCUGGGUCGCUAUGGCAACACUCCCUUCCUGUUUCCUGUGUACGGCCUUGGAGAGAUCCCCCAGUGCUUCUGCAGGAUGAGCGCCGUGUUCGGAGGGAUCUACUGCCUCAGACAUUCUGUCCACUGUCUCAUCGUGGACCGAGAUGCCAACAGGUGCAAGGCCGUGAUCGACAGCCGAGGACAGCGAAUAAGCUGUAGCCACAUUGUCAUGGAGACCAGUUACCUGGACAGGAGCAAGGUGGCCACGCCCCCCAGGUUCCUGAGCCGAGCUGUCCUCAUCACCGACUCCUCAGUCCUUCCCUCAGAGUCGAAUCAGCAGAUCUCCAUGGUAACGGUUCCCCCCGAAGGAGGAAGUCCUGCAGUGAAGAUGGUGGAGCUCAGCCCGUCCUCCAUGACCUGCAUCUCUGGAACCUAUCUGGUCCACCUAACCUGUCGGUCGGUUGGCUCCGCCCACCAGGACCUGUCGCCAUUGGUAACCAGGAUGUUCAGAACCACAGAGUCUCAGGAGGAAGACCGGCGUCCCUCUGUCCUCUGGAGUCUGUACUUCAACAUGGCGGAAGGCAUGGCGUCGCAGGUCGAAGGUCAGCCGCUGCCUUCUAACGUCCACAUUUGCCACGGUCCAGACAGUGCUCUGGGACAUGAAGACGCUGUCCAACAGGCGGCAUCCAUCUUCCAGAGGAUCCUCCCAGAGGAGGAGUUCUGUCCUCCGGCGCCCAACCCAGAGGACAUUGUCUACGAUGGAGACAACACGUCCACUGGAGAGGACAGGGGAGACAUGGGCCAAGACGAUGAGCAGAACCCAGAGCAGAACCAGGAAAACCCAGACCCAGAGCAGAACCAGGAGUACAGGAACCAGAACCAGAACCAGGAGAACCCAGACCCAGAGCAGAACCAGAACCAGGGGAACUCAGAGCUGCAGAGCGUUGGACCUGAGGAACGUCCAUCUUCAUCCUGAAAUCUUCCAGAACCAGCACCGGGUCAAACUUUCUGCUGGUUUACUUUGUUCUGUUUCAAUGUUUUGUCUCAAUAAAGUUUCAUUAUGAA